AUGACUAUCUUGCUUUGGACAUGGCCCUUUGGCGAUCGCUUUACUCUAAACCACUGUGAAAAAUCCGGUGAAGAUCAGGGAUGCUUCUUCACAGCAGAUCACAACUAUUACCUCACAGCUAAUGCUGUCAUUUUCCAUCAUAGAGAUGUCUGUCAAUCCAAGAAACAAAUGCCCCAGAUAGCUAGACCCCCAGAGCAAUAUUGGGUAUGGUUCAAUUUGGAAUCACCCAGUCACUCUCCAAAUUUAGGCUUCAUGGACAAUCUCAUCAACCUCACCAUGUCUUAUCGAAGUGACUCUGAUAUCUUCACUCCUUAUGGCUGGCUGGUGAAGAACAACAUCAAUCAGAACUUUACAAUCCCUAAAAAGACCCUUUUGGCAGCCUGGGUAGUGAGCAACUGGAAUCCAAGCUCCAAAAGAGUUAAAUAUUAUCAGAAGCUAAAGAAACACAUGCAGAUUGAUGUCUAUGGUAGGCAACGUAUGUUUUUGCCAAGGAAAGGUAUGCAAGAAACCCUCUCUAGAUACAAGUUCUAUUUUGCUUUUGAGAAUUCACAGCAUAGAGACUAUAUCACUGAAAAGCUUUGGAGAAAUGCCCUGCUAUCUGGGGCUGUACCUGUCGUUCUUGGGCCACCCAGAGAAAACUAUGAGAAGUUCAUUCCUCAAGAUUCAUUUAUCCAUGUAGACGAUUUCCCUAGCCCUAAAGGACUUGCUGACUACUUGCAUGAGCUGGACAAAGACAAAGAGAGAUACGAACAGUAUUUCAAAUGGAGGGCAAAACUAUGGCCAAUAGCUGUCAAACACCCUUGGAGGUCACAUUACUGCAAAGCAUGUAAAGGAUUAAAGGAGGCCCCUGCCUAUAGGACAAUGCCUAGUCUUGUAACGUGGUACACAUAAACAUAAUGACACUAUUUUAAAUUCUGAGGAAAAUAUCUAUACAGAGACAUUUAAUGGGAAUACAUGAGAAGCACUGUCAAUAAUAUGCACUGGUAAUCUUACACAUGUAUCUGCAGAUGUUAAAUGCUAUUGAUGUAUCACAGUUUGUAUGGAGUUAUGUGUUCUGACAUUUUUGUAA